AUGGCGAAAGGCAAAGAAGUAAACAGCGCUUCCAAAGAAACACAUGGAGAGGAGAACGACCAAGAUCAACCAGCUAUGAACACGCGGACCCGCAGUGGCAGAUUGGUGCGUCGCCCAUCCGGGCAGCAGUGCAAUGCAACCCCGGCGAGAGCGCCAAGUAAGAGGACCAGGAGGUCAGUCAUAGCAGAGCAGAAAGAACCUGAGGAACAGGCGCCUGAGCUGGUAGAUGAGAAGCCCGUGGUGUUUGUUGAACCUGAGGCGGCGGAGGAGAGGUCCGAGGUGCCUUUUGAACCGGACAUGGUGGAGAAAACAGAGGUGUGUGUUGAACUGGAAACUGUGGAGAAGCCCGAGGUGCGUGGUGAACCGGAGGCUGUGGAAGAGAAGCCCGAGGUGCAUGGUGAACCGGAGGCUGUGGAAGAGAAGCCCGAGGUGCGUGUUGAACUGGAGAUGGUGGUGGAGAAGCCCGAGGUGUGUGUUGAACCUGUGCCGGUGGAGGAGAUGCCCGCAGAAUGUGUCCGACAGGAGCAGGAGGAGCCUCGCACAGACACCGCAUCCGAGGUGGUCAUAACUGGUAUAGUGUCUCAAGCCGCGCCGACAGAAAGAGCUCCAACGACGCAAGGGAUAAAGUUGCAACCCCCAAAGAAGAAGCCUUGUCUGGAUAAAAGUAUGAAAGACUCUGUGGUUAUUCCUUUGGGGAAGCCAAAGUCGGGGAGGGUGUGGAAAGACCGCAACAAACAGAGGUUUUCCGCAUUGGUGCGAGAUGUGUCGCUGUGCACCACCUGGGAGAAAAAGAUGCAGGCCAAACGAGAGAAGCAGAUGGUGCAGAAGUACAUGUUGGAACUGAAAGAGCAAAAAGCCAAAGUGAAAGAGGAGAAACGGAAACGCCGAGAGGAGAACUUGAAGCGGCGCGAGGAGAACGCACGCAAAGCGGAGAUAGUGCAAGUGAUCCGAAACACAGCGAAGAUCAAGAGGAUGAAGAAGAAGCAGCUGAGGAAGAUCGAGAAGCGCGACACGCUGGCGCUGCUGGAGAAGUCCAACAAUCAACCAGAAGAGCAACCAGAAGCAGAACAGCAAAGCCAAGCCAGCAAAGAAAAAUAA